AUAAAUUAAAAAAAAUAAAUAAAAUAAUGGUGUCUACUUUUUUCAGGAGCCCAAAAUAAUGAAGAAAUUUUGAAACCACUCAUACAAGCAAUUUUUUUUUUGCAUUCAGUGAGAAUCAAGAUACGAACAUAUACUUGAAAAAAUAAAGGCAUUUAUUUUAAUCAGCUAAUUAAACAAUCCACCGGACAUCCCAUAAUGACGUUAUGCAUACACCAUUCAGUUUGUCUUCUGCUACUUGUAAUAGUACAGCUUGUCACAUGUUCUUGCCAAGACAAUGAAGAGAGUUGCAGAACCGUAUGGCCAGAUUUAGUUGGAGAGACUGGUGAUAAUGCAAAGGGUCAGAUAUUGGGUGAUAAUCCAUCUCUAGAUGUAACGAUUGUACCAUACGGUCAUAUGGUCACUACGGAUUACCGAACAGAUCGUGUCCGAAUUUAUGUCGAUAAAAACAACAUCGUCACAAAGCCGCCAAAAAUUGGUUAAGAGACCAACCAACAUGUGCUUGUUAUUCCAGCAAUAAUUUUGAUACCUUGGGUCGAUAUAUAUAAAUACAUUUUUUAAUAGUUUAUACUUCAAGCUUUGAUAAAUGGUUAAUUUUUAAAAAUUUAUUUGGUGAUGGUUUUUGUCAUGAUUUAAUGUUGAGCUUUUGCUUUCAUUUAAAUGUCUACCGUAUAUAUAAUAUAUUUUUUCGAUUAUAUUUAUGCUUCAAGUGUUAAUAAACGGUGAAUUCAUUUCGUCGCAACACCA